AUGUCGAUCUCUUCUGCGUUGGGGUUUGCAAUCUCAAAGCCGGCUACUUAUUCUUCUUCUUCUUCUUCAUGCACGAAUUUAGUAAGCUCCCGCGUCUUUGGGAUUGCUAGGUUUUCUUUGUCAUGGGCACAGAACAAACCUCACCACACAAACACUAAGCUCAAGCAGAGGCAGAAGCUCUGUGUUAAAGGUUCAGCACAAGAGAUUCCACAGAAACUAGAGGAAGAUUCAAAGUUUGUACCUUUGGAUCCUGAAGAUCCUCUGUUCGGCCCUCCUGUUUUGCUGUUGCUUGGCUUUCAAAUUCACGAGGCACAAAAAAUACAAGAGCUGCUUAAGGAACUCGAUGGCGAAUUCAUGAAGAUUAUGCUCUGUACAGAAGAUAUGAUCCAACGUUCUCUAUGGGAAGCAGUUAACACAAGACAAACUGACCUGAAGAGAGUGAAAGUUGCGGGGUCACUGCCACGGAUCUGCUUCUUGUCUGGUUUGACAGGAGAAGAGAUGAUGAUGUUCAUUGAUGCAUUUCCAGAAACUGGGCUAGAACCAGCUGUGUUUGCAGCUAUGGUUCCGAACAGUGCUGAUAAACCCAUCUCGGAGUUGAUGGAAGAAAUCAUGGGAGAUCAUGAGUUGUUGGUUAGUGAAUCUCAACAAGUGUCUCCUUUAAGCUAUGGUCUUGAAUAUUGA